UAUUUAUAUCGACAAUAUUUACUUUAUAUGACAUCGUAGUAUUAAAUUUUGAUUUGUAAAUCUAUCAAAAUUCGAAGAUUAUUUUAGAAUAAAUAAAGACAAAUAUUCGAGAAAAUUUAUUGCAAAGACGUAUCAUACAAAAAGUUACGAUUAAAUGUAAAAUAUAUAAAUAUUUCACAUUUGCAUAUAGUAACUAAAAUGAAAGCGCGGUAGUCAUUAAAUAUAGCAGUCGUAGUCUAGUUAUUAAUAUGAAGACAAUAGGGAAAAGACGAUAAAUGAAAAGCCAUGUAAGAGCUUUCCUAAGCUGUUUCAGCGUUCAUUGUCAAUCUCGUAUCUCGACGUUAAGCAGUUCCUUUAUGGGAGCAUGUAUAUAUUCUUUACAAAAGCUCACGGAGUUAUGCUCUCGUGAAAAGAUUCUUUUGCGGUAAUUAAUAAGUUUCUAUGAAAAGAGUGAUUUUCUUUUUCAACUGAACUAUAGAAUUUUGCUUUAGAAAUUUACUUGGAAGUUUACCAAUUCGUUGAAUGACGAAGCGUCCGUUUUAUGGUUUUAACCUGAACGAGAAUCUCUGGCAGUGACAUAUUCGUUAUUAAUUUAAUCAUUUCUCUUUUGGAAAAGUACUCUCUCUCUCUCUCUCUCACUCUUUUCAUCCCCCACAGGACAUUGUCUAUUUCAAUCGAUUUAAACGUAAAGAGCAUAUUGUUGGUUACGUUAACGACAAAAAGUGAUCUAUUUUUUGAUAAUGGAACUAUAUUGGAUUUUUUAUUUGAUAGAAUAUGACGGUUAUCCGGACAUUCCAUCAACUUGUUACAUCUUGCUUCGGCCAGUCCAAUUUGAUGAAUGCGAAAAAUCAACAUUCGAUAUAUGUGUGUAUGUUUGAACGAUGCUGUUAUAUAUAUUAAAUUCGAUAUCGACUUUUCGUAUUUUAUGAACGUAGCAAGCCAUGAAAUAUUAUUUCCUCUCAUGGAUUUAUUAACAUAUAACCUCUUGUAAAUAGACAAACAUUAUCAAGUUAUACGUUUCAAUACAAGCUAUAUAAACUAACAUGAGUUCGUCAGAGGCCUAAGAUAGCAUAACCAGUUUCUAGUUAAUUAUGAUAACGGAGCAGGUACGAUGCCGUCCCUUAUUCGUCAAGUCUCAUGUCAGAUCUGAAACAAUCAAGUUCCGAGGAAGCCGUUUUAUUAGAACGUGGCUAUAAAUUAACGAAAAAGAUCGGCGAAGGUUCUUAUGCUAAGGUUUACCAAGCCGAAUAUAAAUCGCAGUAUCGUUCAGUAAAGGAUUGCACGUUGGCCUGCAAGAUCAUCGACACGGUAAAGGCACCGAAGGAUUUUGUUCGUAAAUUUUUACCACGAGAACUUGACAUUUUAGUUAAACUCAACCAUCCACACGUGGUACACAUACACAGCAUCUUUCAAAGACGUAUGAAAUAUUUCAUAUUCAUGCGUUACGCCGAGAACGGUGACCUUCUCGACUUUAUCCUGAAGAACGGAGCAGUAUCAGAGAACCAAGCUCGCAUAUGGCUUCGACAACUGGCUCUUGGUAUUCAAUAUCUCCAUGAAAUGGAAAUUGCACAUCGUGAUCUAAAAUGUGAAAACGUUCUUCUAACAAUAAAUUACAAUGUAAAGCUAGCCGAUUUUGGAUUCUCACGAUACAUGAUUGAUAAUCGCGGUAAACGUGUACUCAGUGACACAUAUUGUGGUUCCUUAUCAUAUGCCGCACCAGAAGUUCUACGUGGUACUCCUUACAAUCCAAAAUUUUCUGACAUUUGGUCGCUCGGUGUGAUUCUCUAUAUCAUUUUGAACAAGGCCAUGCCUUUCGAUGAAACCAAUAUAAAGAUACUCUAUGAACAACAGAUAUCGCGUAAAUGGAAAUUUCGACGAAAAAUUGACGAAACCAUAAGCGAAAAUGCAAAGACAAUUAUAACGAAUCUUUUGGAACCGGAUGUAAAAAAACGUUGGCAAAUUGAUCAGAUAUUGUAUAGCGAUUGGAUAGCAAUGGAUCCAAGAUUAUUGAUUCUGACACCGAUUGAGCAAAGUGCUCUCAAUUAUGCGAUUGAGGAACGUAAGAGAAACGAAGAGAAAUUUUCGAAAAAGAAAUCAUCAAAGAUCGAAAAGAAAAACGAAAAGCCGGAAAAUGUAAGCGAAACUGUUGGGCAAGUCACUAUUUUGAAGGAUGCUACAAAGGCUACAGUGUCCACUAUUUUACCUACCAGUCUUCUUAAAGAACUCGAAGCAUAAUCAAAUAUCGUGGUAUAUAUGUUGGAACAUGUUUCCUUGAUUAUAUAAUACAUAUCCCAAUACCUCCGCAUUUUCUACUUUUGUAACCCAACGCAUUUGAAUAAAAUUAAUACGACUUAAUUGCAAUAUCCACGUUUUACGUUAUAAUACAGUUAAAGUAUCCGCUUACUUGAAGUAAGCUGUCGGAACAACAGAGAACUAAGUAUGCAAUUAAAUUAGAAAUACGAUAACGGAGAAAUGUGUAUUACGUAUCCAAUGUGAAAUUGUUUUAAACAACGAGUUUCUAAUAAUUGGAAAACGAUUAAAGUUAGAGUGUAAAUGCUUUUCAUUGUAAAUUUUGUCUUCCUUCCGAAAUUGAAACGAUCGAUUCGUAACUUCAUUCGGUACUUGCAUUUUUUAUCGGCACAAUGCAUUUAAGAGAAAUUAUAGAAUAGACAUAUAUAUAUAGAUAAAGAUGAAUUAUAUUAAAUUGGAAGAAUUAUAAUACAUAUAUAUACUGAUAAAAAUAACUGACAGGAUAACUCAAUAAUUCUAUUCCACUUUCAUAGCUGGCCGAGAUCUAGUAAAAGAACAUUAACUCAAAGGGAAACGCGUUUACGUUAUGUAGAGGUAAUUAUGGGUCGUGCGGGCUUUCGAGUUCCACAUUUUGUUUGAAAGUUCGUUAUUUCGUUGCCCAUGAACCUUCUCGUGUAACGAAGUAGUAUCUUUUCGUGUAAGGGUAAAAGGUGUUUCCACAUAAAGUUGUAUCGUAGCGUGCGACGUAUACAUCAGAGUAGAAGACUGCUGUAGUAGUGGCGAGUUAACUUGGCAUCGCGUAGUCGUCCUUCGUAAUGAGAGCCUUCGUAACGUCCUAACGUUAUCCGGAAAUUAACGUCGCUCGAAUCUCAGUCUUGCCAGGAAACGUGGAACACUUUCGACGUUCGAAACACCGAAGAUAUGAACUCCCUUGAUAACCUUACCUUUCUUAAAAGAAA